AGCGUACACUCCAAGACAGAAAGGGUCAGCUCUGUGUUUACGUUGAGAUGCUUACAACAAAGGACAGCGCACGCUGGAGUGCCUGUGUCAUCUUAAAUAAAACGCAGUGGUUAUUUUAUCUUACGGUGUGCAUUUGUAACUCAUAACUUUAGGAGGGGAGGAAUACCAUAAGCCCUCACUGGCUUUCAUUUAUACGUUUUCUUUUUUCUUCUUCUUUAUUUUGUGUAAAUCAGUCUAGAAGGGGAGAAAUUAAGACGAAAUUUCCUUUUCUGUGCCGGUUGAGCGUUAGCUAGCUAGUUAGCCUCAGCAAGUUGGGAAAGCCAGGCAGCCCCACACUACAGACAUCCACAGCGAAGACACAGGACAAUAAAAAGACUUCAUCAUUCAGACACAGGACAAUAAAAAGACUUCAUCAUUCACGUCGCAGGCAGUACCAGCGCUGCAAGAGCCGGACACAUGAAGCAUGAGAGGGUGGAGUUGAGGCUCAGCUGACCCUUCCCCUUCCUUCUCCUCCUUUCCCCCUUGCUCCAUUCGAUCAGCACUUCCCUCCCCUUCCUUCCCCUGCUUUUCCCCUUCCUGUCUCCUGUCACCCUGUUGGAUCUCACCCAUCUUGUCUCCCCACCUCCUGCCCAAUGUACUCCCCGGAGCAGGAAAACAUCUCCACCACCGCCUCCACCAAAGUGCCAGUGAAGUAUGGAGAGCUCAUUGUGCUGGGGUACAAUGGCUCUCUGCCCAACGGGGACCGAGGCCGACGUAAAAGCCGGUUUGCACUUUGUAAGAGACCAAAGGCAAACGGGGUGAAGCCCAGCACAGUUCAUGUCGCCUGCUCCCCACAGGCAGCCAAGGCCAUAAGCAACAAAGACCAGCAUAGCAUCUCUUACACUCUGUCUCGAGCACAGACGGUGGUGGUGGAGUACACUCAUGACAGCAAUACAGACAUGUUCCAGAUCGGUCGAUCAACAGAGAGCCCCAUAGACUUUGUAGUGACGGACACGGUGGCAGGCAGCCAGAGUAACGCCGACACCCAGACGGUUCAGAGCACCAUCUCUCGCUUCGCCUGCCGCAUCAUGUGCCAGCGCACGCCGCCUUAUACUGCACGCAUUUAUGCUGCAGGCUUCGAUUCCUCCAAGAACAUCUUUCUAGGGGAGAAAGCUGCUAAAUGGAAGACAUCUGACGGCCAAAUGGACGGUCUCACCACCAACGGCGUGCUGGUGAUGCACCCUCGAAACGGCUUCACGCAAGACUCCAAACCGGGCGUCUGGAGGGAGAUCUCAGUCUGCGGCAAUGUCUUCACCCUGCGAGAGACCCGCUCAGCGCAGCAGCGAGGAAAGAUGGUGGAGACUGAGACUCAGGAGCUCGUCGAUGGUUCUCUCAUUGACCUUUGCGGUGCGACCCUGCUGUGGCGCACUGCUGAAGGUCUGUCACACACUCCCACCCUUAAACACCUGGAGGCACUGCGGCAGGAGAUCAAUGCAGCACGCCCACAAUGUCCCGUGGGCUUCAACACGCUGGCCUUCCCCUCCAUGCGUCGCAAGGACACGCCAGAUGAGAAGCAGCCAUGGGUCUACCUCCAGUGCGGCCACGUGCACGGCUACCACAACUGGGGCAACCAUCACGAAGAGAGGGAGGGCCGCGAGGGCCGGCACAGGGAGUGUCCCAUGUGCCGAGCUAAAGGGCCCUACGUGCCGCUGUGGCUGGUGGGGUUUUAUGUGGCCGCCGCCCCGCCCACUCAUGCUUUUAACCCCUGUGGUCAUGUUAGUUCAGAGAAGACGGCGGCGUUCUGGAGUCAGAUCCCGCUGCCCCAUGGCACACACACCUUCCACGCCGCCUGCCCCUUCUGUGCCCAACAGCUGAGUGGCGAACAGGGCUAUGUCAGACUCAUUUUUCAGGGGCCCCUCGACUAGCAGGGGCCACUUCUCAGCAUCCUCUGGGUGAGACAGAGUGGGGAGUUUUUUUUGUUUGGAUACCGACCCUGCACUGAAAACCAGGAGCUGCCCACAGCUGUUUUUCCUUCCUCUGCAGUUAUGAUAACUUUUUCUGGACUUUUGUCUCCUCCUCAUUUUUAAGUGACCUUUGUAUUGCUUUUUCAUAAAUGACAACAUAGAUUUCUAUAUUUUCAUGUGAAACCAGAGACACAAAAACCAAACAGAGAACAUUGCUGGAUAAAGGUUUUGUGUUUGUUUCUCAAAAAGAACUUUGAAAAACAGUAUUUAUCUAAAUUUAUCUAACAUACCCUAGUGCAGACAUUAAUGGUUAUUGUUGCAACGCCUGUGUACAUCUCUUAGAUCUAAUUUAAACAAAAGGUAUUUAUGAUCCAGGAACCAUCGCUUCAUCCUUUGUCAGAUACUGUAUGACUAACUUCAGGCCUAUUUAGCAUUUUAAUUUGAAAAUACAGUAUAUUGUUAUUCCGAUAAAAAGUUCUACAUGUGUUCUGAAGGAUUUGUUUCCCCAUGGUCUGUGUAUCUGUGUAUUUAUACGCCUCUCACUUUGUGUGGUAACCCCUCUGUCAUUAGCCAUCAGUUUGGCCUUUUCAGCUUCAAAGCAAUAAAUUUGGAAUGGCGAUGUCCUAAAGCAUUAUGGAAAAGUGAGUCUUCUAGGCGCAGCCUGACUGAUUGCUCCUUUUAAAGUCAGAGUGAAACAUU